UGGUUAAAUAUCAAUUGUGAUUGCUUUAUGGUAGUUGAAUUUAUAAAAAUUCAAUAUUACAGUUUCACAGAAUUCAGUUUAAAUUUGCGUCAAAUAUUAGCACUGGAAUUUGUUCCUGUUGGACAUGUCAUUGUUAAAUUUCAGGAAUUGAUGGAGUGCGUUCGAACAGACAUGGUCAGGAGAAGACUUCCAGUAAUCAAGCUUGAACACUGGAAUCAGUAUGAGGCAACGUUAAAUGAUCUUCCCAGGACGAAUAAUUCAGUUGAAGGCUGGCACAGGGCCUUUUCAUCUAUAAUUUCAGCGGUUCAUGCAAAUAUAUGGAAAUUCAUUGAUGCUUUUAAAAAGGAAGAAAAUCUUUCAUCAAUCAAAUUGAGCCAGUUAAUAGGGGGUCAGAAAACAGCUACGAAUAAAAAAACAUAAGAUGUUUGCGCGAAUAUUAAAAGAAUUGUGUCAGAGUAUUGUUCCUACACUUUAGAGGAUUACCUAAAAGGAAUUACUUUAAACCUGGAAAUGCAAGUGUGAUAUUAACAAAAAAAAGUUUAAGUUACUAUAAGCUAACA